AUGUCCAAUAACAAAGGUGUCGAAGUACUCAAAGGAGCAUGGGAUCAAGUAAACGAUGAAAAUAUGGAUGAAUUUUUAAAAGAACUUGGCAUUGGAAUGGUUAAACGUAUGGCAGUUAAAAGCGUCAAGCCUCGUCUUGUUAUUAGCGAAAAUGGUGGUAAAUGGACAAUUCGAUCCGAAAGCACACUUAAAACGAAAACGAUUGAAUUUACACCUGAUGUUGAAUUUGACGAAACAACAGCUGAUGGACGUGAAGUUAAAACAAUCGUUCGAGUUAAAGGAAAUACAUUGGAACAUAUAAUACGAGGAAAGGAUGGAAAAGAAUGUAUAGUUGUUCGUUACAUAAAUGAUCGAGAUCAGCAACAAAUUGAUUUGAAAUGCGGUUCGGUACAAGCCCAUCGUUGGUUCAAACGUGUCGAAUAA